CACACACACACACACCAGCUAGCUGGUGUUGAUCUCACAGAGCUCAUGGCUGUGCCUGACUACAACGUGCGCGGACAGCGGUCCAACAAGAACAUCUAACCUGAGGAUACGAGAUUAUUUAAGUUUUCCUGUCCCUAACCUUUGUUUGGAUCAGUCAUCACAGAAGCAUAAUGAAGAUUUUGGAACGCGUAGUGGUCUUUCAGCUAAUUUUUGUCCUCUCGGCUUCCAGCGUACAGAGAGCACCUCAAAUUAUCACCUUGUUAGAAACCAUGGAUGUCCUGCUGGAUCACAAUGCCACGUUCAUCUGUGAGGUUGAAUCAAGACCUCCAGCUGACAUCACCUGGACCAAGAAUAACCAACCAAUCAUGUACUAUGACACCCGGUACUUAACGCGGGAGCAGGGUCAGUUGCUGCUCAUCCCUCAUGUGAGAGAAUCAGACAAUGGGGAGUACUGCUGCAUUGCCAGGAAUGGCGUUGGAGAGCCAGCAAAGAGCUGCGGCGCACUUCAACUUAAAAUGAAACCUCAAAUUAAACGACAUCCUACUAACGUAACACUCCUGAUAGACUCCAAAGCAGUGCUGCCCUGCGUUACCCUUGGCAACCCCAAACCAGAUGUCACCUGGCUUAAAGAUGAUGAACUAAUAAAGAUCAGUGCCCGUGUUACCAUUCUUGAUUAUGGGGCGCUGAAAAUCAACAACAUACAAAAGGACGACGCCGGGCAGUACCGCUGUGUGGCCAGGAACAGCUUUGGUUUAGCCUUUUCCAAACCUGUCACCAUUGAAGUGCAAGCUCCAGCUCGAAUCCUGCGAGUCCCAAAGGAAAAGAGGGUAGAAUAUGGAAGUCAGAUAUCUUUGGAGUGUAAUGCCACUGGGAAUCCAAUCCCCACCAUCACCUGGCUGGAAAAUGGAAAUACUAUCUCUGGAGCCUCAGUAGAAGAAACCUUGGUAGGAGAGGUGAUUCUGUCCAUUUUGACAGUGAAAGUAAACAAACCAACUUUGUUUACAUGUGUGGCCUCUAAUAAACACAGCGCCGGGGCCAACACUGUUAAAGCAAGUGCUAGAGUCACUGUUACAUCUACGAGACACAGAGAAAGCAGACAAACCAAGGGGCUUUACAAAGACGUUACUGGCUACUGUAGUGCGUAUCGUGGAGACGUUUGUCGCACAAUCCUGCGAGACGAUGCUCUAGUUUUCUUUAACUCCUCCCUCUCGGACCCCGAGGACAUGCAGGAGUACCUGGUUCAGAGCUGGUGGGCGGAGCUUGAAGGACUCAGUGGGCUUUGCAGCCCUGCUGUUCGCUCACUGCUGUGUCACUCCUCUUUUCCUGACUGCAAUCCAUCAGGUUUAGGACCUGCCCCUAAACCCGUCUGCAGGGAACAUUGCUUGGCAGUGAAGGAGCUAUACUGCCAUAAGGAGUGGUUGGUUCUGGAGGGAACUGGAUCCAUUCAUGCUGGGCUCUUGAGUUCUGUAACGAGGUCCCACUCGUCUGUUUCACUGCUGCCCAGCUGUCAGGUUUUACCAAGUCUUCGCUCGAGCCCGAGUGCUUGCACGUAUAUUCCUUUUGUUGAUUUAAAGAAAGAUCAAAUAACAACAACUUGUUACAAUGAUCGAGGGCGUUUCUACCAAGGCAGUGUGAAUCACACCAGGUCUGGGAAACCAUGCCAACCCUGGAGUCAGCAGGUUCCUCAUCAGCACCGGCUCUCUGUGGAUGUCAUUCCAGAGCUGAUGAACUCGGAGAAUCACUGCAGGAACCCUGGAGGAAUCAGUGACAAGCCCUGGUGUUACACUUCUGAUCCCAACAUACGCUGGGAGUACUGUGCUGUGCCUCAAUGUGGGGAAACAGUGCCAAACCCGGUGUUGACAGUGCAUCAUCAGGUUCCUCAUUACCCUCCCAAAACCUCAGUUUCAUCACCUGGUUACUCGAUGUCUGUAAUUGUUGUUGUCCUGACUUCAAUGGCAACUGCAGUCUUCCUCACUAUCAUCAUCCUUGGCUGCCUUAGGAGGAGGAAGCAGUGGAGAAACCGGAAAAGAAGAGAGAUGGAGACCCCAACAAUGAGUGCUCUCCCAUCAGAGCUCCUGCUGGACCGCCUUCACCCCAAUCCCAUGUACCAGAGAGUUCCCCUGCUGUUGAACUCAAAGCUGCUGGCUCUGGAGUACCCUCGGAAUAACAUCCAGUAUGUCAGAGACAUUGGAGAGGGUGCCUUUGGACGGGUUUUCCAAGCCAGAGCACCAGGCCUGCUGCCCACAGAGCCUUUUACUAUGGUAGCUGUGAAGAUGCUAAAGGAGGAAGCAUCAGCUGACAUGCAGAACGACUUCCAGAGAGAGGCAGCACUCAUGGCUGAAUUCGACCAUCCCAACAUUGUUCGACUCCUAGGUGUGUGUGCUGUGGGAAAACCAAUGUGUCUGCUGUUUGAGUUCAUGGCUCACGGCGACCUCAAUGAGUUCCUGCGUCGCAGAUCUCCAACCCAAUCUGUGCGCACACUGAGUUGUGCGAGCCUCUCAGGUCGGAGCUUCUCCUCCGAUGUGGAAGUGGGGCCUCUCUCCUGUGCAGAACAGUUAUCCAUCUCCAAGCAGAUUGCUGCAGGAAUGGCCUACUUAUCAGAGCGCAAGUUUGUCCACCGUGACCUGGCAACGCGUAACUGCCUGGUCAGAGAGGAAAUGGUGGUGAAAAUUGCAGAUUUUGGCCUUUCUAGAAAUAUCUACUCAGCUGACUAUUACAAAGCAAAUGAAAAUGAUGCUAUCCCCAUUCGCUGGAUGCCUCCUGAGUCCAUUUUCUACAACCGCUACACCACAGAAUCCGACGUGUGGGCUUAUGGUGUGGUGUUAUGGGAGAUUUUCUCCCACGGCAUGCAGCCAUACUACGGAAUGGGUCACGAGGAAGUCAUUUACUAUGUGAGGGAUGGUCACAUCCUGUCUUGUCCAGAAAACUGUCCGAUGGAGCUGUACAACCUGAUGAGGCUUUGUUGGAGCACACACCCAUCGGACAGACCGAGCUUCAGCAGCAUAUAUCGGAUUCUGGAGAGAAUGCAUCAAAACAGCCUUAAUGUGACUACAGAUACUGAGGCUGACUGCUGAACUUUACUGCUAUUUCAACAGAAAAAAAAAACACCUGAAAAACUUGAUGUCUGGAAAAAGUAUUUUAAUGACUUUCAUGACUGAACACAUUUACGUCUACUGGACUCUGAUGAUGUGGUCAAGUUAGAUAAUGUCCUCAUUUUUUACCCUCUACCCUUGAUGUGAGCGUGGCUAUGGGGAGGGGCACUGCAGGGUUGUCAGAAGGCCCCACACAAAAAAUACCAGCUGAAUAAUUAACAAAACUUUGUGUGGAAUCCCUUUUUGUUUAUGCAAAAAUGAUUUUCUGUCUUUCAAAGCUCUGCUUAAGCAAGGCUCUACGCAGUGUCUGCUUUAGAAAUCAUGGUAACACUUUGGUUUAGUGAACACAAAUUAACCAUUAAUUAGCUGCCAAUUAAUAUGCAUAUUAGUGGACUACUAAGUCUGAAUUAGUCAUUAUUGUAAGCUAUUGUUAGGUGCUGAUUACCAGUGUUGUAUUUCUAAUAUUAACAGGCCAGAAAUUAAGAAUUUUGAUUUGAGCUAAUUAGUAUGUGCGUUAAUCAGCAACAAACCAUUUACUUUCAGUUAACAAAGUAUUAUGAAUGACUUAUUUUGAUAAAACUCUUAAUUUAUGGCAUGUUAAUGUUAGAAUUAUGUCACUACUAAUACGCUGUUAAUAAGUGCUUAAUAAUGACUAGUUCAGACUUAGUAGUCCACUGAUAUGCAUGUUAAUUGGCAGCUAAUUAAUGGUUAAUUUGUGUUCUCUAAACUAAAGUGUUACCAAAAUCACACCCAGAAAUGAGCUCAGGUUCACCAUUAUUUUGCCAAUAUGCCUUUUUAAUAUGUUAUUUUCAUCAGUGGCAUGUUGAGUUUCAGUUUAUUUCCCCUGCAACAUAUUUAGAUUUACAAAAGCAAUGAACUCCUGACUGUUUUUACAGAGUUAGAAAAGAUGCAGGCAAAUCAGAAUAGAUGCCCAGUGGUCUGAUAAUCUAACAUUUAACUUUUUUUUUUUUUACUAUCGUGCUAGAACGAACUAAUUCCACACAGAGUCACUUUAAAUUAUGGGUGUUUAUCAUUUCUGGUAAAGUUUCGAUUCCACUUUCAGGCAUUCUUAUUGUAACUGUUUUUCGUUAAGAGUUUGUUUCUUAGCUUUAGUUGUUGGUUUCUCAUCGGCUUAUAAGAUGAAAAAGGUUUCAGGUGAAAAUUGUUAUUUUUUUGUCAAUAAAUUCCAAAUAUAU